AUGAAAAAUAGGACGUGCAGGGUUAAUAUGGAUGAAAACUAUGUGAUUGGUUGGAGAGUGUAUGCUUUGGACAAAACUGGGGUGAUUCCAGAAGUACUUACAUCAUUCAAGUAUCUUACCUUUCUGAAAAUUGAUCAAAAUUACUUCACUGGUCCAUUGCCUGCAUUUAUUGGAAAUUUAACGGCAUUGAAGGGUUUGUCAAUUGCGCACAAUGCAUUUUCUGGGACCAUCCCUAAGGAGCUUGGUAAUCUUAAGGAGCUAACCUCGUUAUCUUUUGGUGUAAAUAAUUUCUCAGGGACACUCCCUCCAGAACUGGGUAAUCUUGUCAAACUUGAGGAACUUUAUAUUAAUAGUUGUGGAGUGGGUGGUGAAAUUCCCUCAACAUUUGCUAACCUUAAAGGAAUGAGAGUCUUGUGGGCAUCAGAUGAUCCUUUCACGGGCAACAUACCUGACUUCAUCGGCAACUGGACAGGGCUUACAUCAUUGAGAUUUCAAGGGAAUUCUUUUGUAGGUCCUAUACCAUCCAGCUUUUCCAACUUGACCUCAUUGAACUCUCUGCGAAUCAGCGAUUUGAGCAAUGUGAGUUCUACUCUUGAUUUUAUCAAGAACUUGAAGAAAUUGACUGACUUGACUCUGAGGAAUGCAUUGAUCAAUGGUAGUAUUCCAUCUGAUAUUGGAGAAAUCACAACUUUAAAUAUACUGGAUUUAAGUUUCAACAACUUAACAGGACAAGUUCCAAGUGCUUUAUUCAAUUUGUCUUCUCUUGAAUACUUGUUUCUUGGAAACAAUAGUCUAUCUGGAACCCUUCCUAACCAGAAGAGCGAUAGACUUCGGAAUAUAGACUUGUCUUACAAUUAUCUGUCAGGAACAUUUCCUUCAUGGGUAGCCUCGAAUUUACAGUUGAAUUUUGUGGCCAACAACUUUUCUUUUGACAGCUCAAAUAUAAGUGUUCUGCCAGGAUUGAACUGCCUACAAAGAAAUUUCCCAUGUAACCGAAACACUCCACGCUAUGCAAAUGUUUCAAUCAAGUGUGGUGGUCCAGAGAAAAGAACCGCUGAUGGAACACUUUAUGAAGCUGAAAAUUCAUCUAUCAGUGCAGCAUCAUUUACAGUAACUAGUACUGAGAAAUGGGGGUUGAGCAAUGUGGGCUUGUUUUCUGAUAGACAAAAUACUAGUUAUGUUGAAAAUACAUUGACACAAGUCACCGGCACCAACACCCCAGAGCUUUAUCAGACUUCAAGGAUAUCUCCCAGUUCACUUAGGUACUAUGGCCUAGGUCUCCAGAAUGGGCCUUACACUAUAGAUUUGUUAUUUGCGGAAACUGCAUUUGCAGAUCGAAGCUCACGAACUUGGAAGAGCUUAGGACGGCGUGUUUUUGAUAUUUAUAUCCAGGGAAACCGCCGAUUAAAGGAUUUUGACAUAUCAAGGGAGGCAGGUGGGAUCAACAAAGCAAUUACAAUGACUUUUAAUGUUACUGUGUCAGAGAAUCAUCUUGAAAUUCACCUGUUUUGGGCUGGUAAGGGGACGUGCUGUACCCCUGUACAAGGCUACUAUGGACCAAUCAUUUCAGCCCUCAAUGUUGUUCCAGGUUUUACGCCAACUGUUAGUGGGAUAGCACCCAGUAUUCGGAAAGAGAAAAGCAGGACGGGAUUGAUCGUUGGUAUUUCAGUUUCUGCUGGAGUUGUGAUCCUGAUCCUGUUAUUUGCAGUUCUUUACAUCAGUCGGAAGAGAGACAGCGAAGAUGAGGAAGUGUUUCUUGGGAUGGGCCCUAGACCAAACACUUUUAGUUAUGCCCAGUUGAGGACUGCCACUGAAGACUUCAGUCCUUCAAAAAAGCUAGGGGAAGGGGGAUUUGGACCUGUGUACAAGGCGUGGAAUUUGCAUGAAAGUAGCCAAAGUUUGGCACUGAUGGAUCCAAGAGUAAUGAUAUUUGAUGAAAAUGAAGCUCUUCGAGUUAUAGGAGUAGCUCUCUUGUGCACUCAAGCAUCACCUGCAAUGAGGCCAACAAUGUCAAGAGUUAUAGCAAUGCUUACUGGAGAUAUCGAAGUGACUGCUGUUGCUUCAAAGCCAAGCUACUUGACUGAUUGGCAUUUUAAGGAUAUCACUGCCAGCUUUUCGACUGAAAAUGCUCGAGCAUCCACUGAAUCUGAGGCUAGCAAGAACAAAAAUAAAAGCGAGCAUCAGAAUUCAAUUGAUCUUAGUCCACAAGGUGAUCAAAUAUACUCUCCAGUAAAUAUCACUGAACCAAGGCUCAGUGAACUCAUUGGGGAUGGAAGGUACAAGCGCAGCCCUUCUUCCAUAUACCUCAAUAUUUUCCGUAGUGGCCUUGAGCAUGUUAACAUGGACGAGGUGGACUACGACGACGGGGACGAUUUUUUUUCAGCUGGAGCCCUGUCAGCUUGA